AUGGCUUCUUGUGAGCACGUCGUGUGCCUACGCCACGUAGAAAACGAACGGACAGGUGAGAUUAUACUCGAGGACACCGGUCGGCUCUGGCGCGUGAUUCAAGAGCUGCCAAAUCCCUCCACUCAAACACCCCAGCUGGCGCUAUUCAUCGGUACUAAUGCCAAGGAUACUGCCCUGAAAAACAUUUUCCCGCAGAACAAUAUUAGCCGACGAGGGGAGAAGGGGAAUAUCAACCUUCGCCUUCAAACGGAUUCAAUAAAUCAUGACGCCCCAUUGUUCUUCGCCGAUAGUAGCCCCUGGAAGCCUAGUCUGUAUACAGUCAUUGAUAUUCUCUACGCAAGACUGUUAUUCCUGUUCAGUGAUGUUAUCUGUGUUUUUGCAGAUGACUUCUCCAGCGUCCAAGCCGUUCUUCUACGUUUGAUGACAUGGGCGGAGAUUGGAAGCGCAAUGCCAAUCCUGCCAGAACUACGCCCUCGGUUACUCGUUGUAGUCUCAGAAGACGGUCCGCAUGAUGCUUCACAGUAUGAGGAACUCCAAAAUAUGCUUCAGUCUUAUACCAUACAAUUGAAAAAUACCUUCUCCGCGGUUAAGAUCUUUCAGCUUGCAGGCACGUACCUGUCUCCAUUGGCACGAUAUCAAAGACUUCAACUUGAAAUUCGGAGCCAAACUCAGCAGAUGUUUGAUAUACGACAACGAACCCACAUGCUUCUGUCUGCCUUACAUUUUGCAUCCCUUUUUGUGAAGGCGGUCGAGCAGACAGCCCAAAGUACUUCUCAAGAUUUUAACUUUAUCACCGUAUCUCGCAUCCGCAACGAAGUGGGCAGUGACUACCUAGAGCACUUACAGACGUUUCUCGAGCUCGCUCGCCGUCAUAAGACCCCGUAUGAUAGCGUCGCCUCGUUCAUUGCCUCAAGUAUUAUAAUGGACGCAUAUCCACCUCGGAUGCACCGCUUUCCAAUUGAGCAUGUGUUCAAUGUGCUAUAUCGUGAACACUGUUACAGGGCGCUAGAGACGUCCUACAAUGACAUGGAAAAGCGGAUCAAGCUGCAAUGUAUCCUUGACGAUCAUGGUAAGCUCACAGUUGACCUCAAACCCAAAACCGCCGGUAUCAGGGCUAUUGGUGUGGAUGGUGGUGGCUCUCGGGGUGCGACAUCUCUCGAAUUCUUGGAAGGACUACAGAAACUUCUUCACCAUUUGCCGCUGCAUGAAAUGGUGGAUAUUUCUUGCGGCAGCAGUUCAGGUGGCAUGAUUGUACUCGCAAAAUUUCACUUGCAAUUGCCAGUAGAACGGUGCAUUAAAGUGUUUGAAUCCUUUGCCAUUCGCUGUUUUAAGCGCUCCAAGUCCUUAUUGGGAUUCAUCAAAUCUGCCUUGAACUACGUCGUCACAGAUGCGAUUUACGACGAGACUCUGAUUGAGAGUUUGAUGAAAGAAAUUUAUGGGUCCAGCUCUACAUUCUUUGGUCACGCUUCCAAUACUGUCCCAGGAACUCGAGUUGCAGUCACUGCAAUGACCCAUGGUAGCCUUCGAACAAUUUUUACUAAUUACAAUGCCUCAGCCAAGAUACACCAGGAUAGCGUUGGUAGUUCCCUCACCCCUCGAUUCCAAGACACAGGCUAUAUUGCAAUUCGACCAAAGGAAAUUAACGAAGAGCCCUUAAUAUGGGAGGUAGCCCGAGCUACUUCAGCUGCUCCAGUAUUUUUCAAACCAGUUAAGAUGAACACCGGGGACUUCUGGGAUGGUGCUCUUGGGUUCCCUAAUCCAACUGAGCUGGCGAGUUGGGAAGCUUACAGACUGUGGCCUGAGAGCGUUGUGGAUGUGGCGAUCUCACUCGGGACCGGAGAAGAACCAAAACCUCCAAGAUCAACGAAUUCACGCUCUCGCCUCCUAGAUGCUUUUAACCUCCUAUUAGAUGGACAGCUACAAUAUAUGAACAUGAAAGGUGCUAGCUCAGAUCAGGAGCUACUACGGCUGAACUCACGAUUGGCGCGGGCCAUCCGGCUUGACGACGCUGAGAGUAUCCAAGAACAGAGACAUUACAUGCACCACUAUCCACCCACACGUCAGAACCUGAUUGAAGCUGCAACUGCUUUGCUGGUGUCUAAUUUUUAUUUCCAGCUUGAUCGUCCGGUCAUGUACAACUUGGGGGUUUACUAUUGCGAAGGGUCGAUCCACUGUCGUGGAGAUUAUCACCAGGUAGCCCAUGCCUUGUCCGAGCUUUACUCCCCGCAAAUAGAAUUCUUAACGAAUACGGAAAUUCUUUCAAUAUGUGAUUUAGGACAAGAUAUCUGCGCAGUAUGUCAUCGAUAUCGGAAAGAGGUAAGCUUUACGGUGCGGCAUCCCACUGAUUCGAUCACCAUCUCCAUGCGCAUAGACAGCCGUGUCACUCGGAAAAUCAGCGGAUUCCCCCGAAGCAUGUCCUGGUUUCAGCAGCAUCAAGGAUUUAAUAAUCAUUUUGGCACCUCCAGCCAUGAUGCUCCCGGGGAAAUUCGCUGUCUUGGUUGUACUAAACACAGUGACUUGGGAGCACAGAAGCGAAAGGGGAAUCCCUCUCUGUAUAGAUAUCCAAAACGGAUAAAACACUAG